CCAUCAUUCUGUUAAGAUUCUCUUAGCUGAGACUACCUACCUAGUCACCGCUAACAGUAUAAAAGCGCUGUAGAUCUGCCGCUCGCGUUUUCAAAAUUAUCAGAUUCUCGGUAGUUAUAGUUAUUGCGGUUUUUGCUUUGUGUACUAUCCGGCUUCCCAGUUUUAGUUUGUUUAUGAAAUCAAAGGUGAAAAAGUGCGUUUUUCAAUACUAUGCAUUUGGCUAAACUGGCGUUUUUGCUUUUGGCUAGUUCGACUAAUUUAAUACAAGAUGCAAGUGGUGGCAUGGGCAACAUUUUCGAUAUAAAAUAUUGGAGGUGCGUUUUAAAAAAACAAUACACAUGCCCGGAUAACGAUAUACGAUAUUAUUUAUACACGCACGAAACCGGACCGAAAAGGCUAAGGAUAGACAUUAGGAACCAUUUGUCUUUAAAAUAUGCAGGAUUCGAUCCGAAAAAGAAGAACGUCAUUAUAAUCCACGGAUUCAACGGCACCGAGAGUAAAUCCCCAAUGACCAUUAUACGCAAUGCUUAUUUAACGAGAACAGACUACAACAUUUUCACGGUCGACUGGGAACCUCUAACGAUUUUUCCGUGUUAUUUAUCGUCCCUUUCGAACACGAAACUAGUCGGGCAGUGUACGGCGAAAUUGUACGCGUUCAUCAUGGAUCAAGGAGGCGACGCCAGGGAAACCACCUGCGUUGGCCACUCGCUGGGCGCUCACAUUUGCGGAAUGGUUUGGACCCUGCAAGACCAUUGAUCGAUCGAUAUGCCUCGAAGGUUUUCAGGCUAACCAAAGACGAUGCUCAUCAAGUACAAAUAAUCCACACAAACGCGGGUGGUCUAGGAGAAGCUAACCAGGUUGGACACGUCGAUUUUUGCGUUAACGGAGGUAGGCGCCAACCUGGAUGUAAGGGACACCGUUUACGUGUUGCACGUUGCAGCCACUUCAAGAGCGCCUGUUUCUUCGCACAUACCGUGCGGAGCAAUAAAACCAUAAUGGGCCGGCCCUGCACUGCCAAAUGUCCGAAAGAAAACGGCAAUUGGGGCUUGUUACCUGGAAAACCGAUUCCAAUGGGAGAGGACACUCCCUUUGGGAUUUAUGGUUCCUACUGCGCGCAAACGAGUUCCUUGAAG